CAUCAUGUGGCUCCAAUUAGUUCCUAAGUGGCCGUGAGCUCAGAAGCUCUCCCCAAGGUCUGAGCCCAAGACCGGAGGUGGAACAAGGAAAUCCAGUCCAAAAUCUGACAAAUAAGCCAUGACGGUCAGCGAACAGGACUCCACAGAUUCCAAAGAAAGUGAUUCGGUGAAAGAGACAUUGGACUGGUCCUGCUGGCUCAUCGUGGCCUCUCUGGUGGGCGCCUUCGGCUCCUCCUUCCUCUAUGGGUACAACCUGUCGGUGGUGAACGCCCCAACUCUGUACAUCAAGUCCUUCUACAAUGAAUCGUGGGAAAGAAGGCACGGACAUCCAAUAGACCAAGACACUCUGACCCUGCUCUGGUCUGUGACGGUGUCCAUAUUCGCCAUUGGUGGACUCGUGGGGACGUUACUGGUGAAGCUGAUCGGAAAGGUUCUUGGGAGGAAGCACACUCUGCUGGUCAACAAUGGGUUUGCGAUAUCUGCUGCACUGCUCAUGGCCUGUUCUCUCCAGGCAGGAGCCUUUGAAAUGCUCAUCGUGGGACGCUUCAUCAUGGGCGUGGAUGGAGGCAUCGCCCUCAGCGCGCUCCCCAUGUACCUGAACGAGAUCUCGCCCAAGGCGAUCCGUGGCUCUCUGGGGCAGGUGACUGCCAUCUUCAUCUGCGUUGGUGUGUUCGUGGGGCAGCUGCUGGGCCUGCCUGAGCUGCUGGGAAAGGAGAGCACCUGGCCAUACCUGUUUGGAGUGAUCGCUGUCCCUGCCUUGGUCCAGCUGGUGACCCUGCCUUUUCUCCCCGAGAGCCCCCGCUACCUGCUCUUUGAGAAGCACAACCAGGCCGGAGCCGAGAAAGCCUUCCGAACCUUCCUGGGCAAAGAGGAUGUCUCCCGAGAGGUGGAGGAGGUCCUGGCAGAGAGCCGCUUGCAGAGGAACAUCCACCUGGUCUCCGUGCUGGAGCUGCUGCGGAGUCCCUUCGUCCGCUGGCAGGUCAUCACUGUGGUCAUCACCAUGGCCAGCUACCAGCUCUGCGGUCUCAACGCGAUUUGGUUCUACACCAAUAGCAUCUUUGGGAAAGCUGGGGUCCCUCCGGAAAAGAUCCCAUACAUCACCUUGAGCACCGGUGGCAUUGAGACUUUGGCCGCCAUCUUCUCUGGCUUGGUCAUUGAGCGCCUGGGACGGAGACCCCUCCUCAUGGGCGGCUUUGGGCUGAUGGCCCUCUUCUUUGGGAUCCUCACCGUUACAUUGACACUGCAGGACCACGCCCCCUGGAUCCCAUACCUGAGUAUCGUGUGCAUUCUGGCCAUCAUAGCCUCCUUCUGCAGCGGGCCAGGGGGCAUCCCGUUCAUCCUGACCGGCGAGUUCUUCCAGCAGCCCCAGCGGCCGGCUGCUUUCAUCAUCGCGGGCACCGUCAACUGGCUCUCCAACUUCGCCGUGGGGCUCCUCUUCCCGUUCAUCCAGAAAAGUCUGGACACCUACUGUUUCCUGGUUUUUGCUGCAAUCUGCCUCACAGGUGCUAUCUAUUUCUAUUUUGUCCUGCCUGAGACAAAAAACAGAACCCAUGCAGAAAUCAGCCAGGCAUUUGCCAAAAGGAACAAGGCCUACCCUCCGGAGGAGAACACGGACUCAUCUGUGAGCGACAAUAAGGUGGCCAGAAGGCCCGAGCAAGACUCCGCCUCCACGCUGGACAAUUAUGUCAAAAAUGGGAUUGUCUAA